AUGUCAAGCGCGGGCCACUCGCGCCGAAAGGCAGGGAAUCCGAACAAUGCGCCUGAUGUCGUCCAAGAGAAGCAGAAGCUGAAGGCUGAGAAGAAGGAUCAGAAGAAACGAGACGAGCGUAUCAAGCAGCUCUCGUGGAAGUAUGGUCUCUCCACGGCUGGAGUUGUCAUCACCAUCGCAUGCAUCUAUUCCUUGGUCACCAUCUCCCGCUCCAGCGUCCGCACAAUAGAACUGAACAACGCGGAUCUGCUGAAGGAGGUCUUCUUCGGGGGAGAUCCAUGGAUGGUCCAUUGCGCCAACGAGAACACCACAGGGUUGUCCGCCGGCUUCCUGGGGGCGGCCAAGAGGCUGUCGGUGACGUCGUCGAUCAAGUUUGGAGCCAUUGAUUGCGGUGGGAAGCUUCCUUCCAACAAGACCUUCUAUGAGCGCUUCAAGCUCCCUCUCUACGACUUCAACAAGAACAGGCCUCUCGGCUUCUUGUUCGCCAACGGAGAUUCGCCACUGCAGAUCCCCGAUGACCUUUAUAGUGAGCCCAAGAAGCUGUCGAACUGGGCAGAGAAGAACAGCAAGCCGAGUGUCAAGGAGGUGGCGUGGGAUCGAACCUUCCAGAAGUUUUGUAUCCUUCGGGACGCCUGUGUAAUGCUGCACACCAAGGGGAAGUACAAGGCGCCUGCAUGGCUGGUUAAGGUGAUGACUCGCCAUCGCGCCACCAAGUUCGUCAGUAUCAAUCGCAAGAUGCACAAAACUUCCUUCGAUGGUCAGGUGCGCUUGUCACGGGCCGAGGACAAGCCUCGUCUUGCUAUCAUGCAGCGGUCCAAGGAUGGGGAAGACUUCAAGUACCGGGUGACGCAGUACCGAGGAGAGUGGAACGAGAAGGAUGUGGAGAAGUUUGUCCAUGAUCUGGUUGUGAAGGGAGCAAGCCACAAGGACACGGUACCCUUGGAAGGGAAGCCUUGGUUCGACGCUCCUCCUAAGGGUCAGAAGGGCAAGGCGAACGCAAGACAGGGAGGACAAGCCAACGAGCGGCGUCAGCGAGUUCGCCGCGAGCAGGCUAGCAGGGAGGAGAGCGAGCAAACAAGAAGCUCCCGCACUAGCAGUGCCAACCCAGAGGACAAGGACGCGGAGGAUGAGGAGAGGAGGAUGGAAGCUGUAAAGAGGGCAGAGCAGCAGUUGUCGGAGGAGGAUGAGUUUGUUGUGAGCGACAUCGAGGACGAAGAGGACAGCGGCAUCGUUUGA